AUGGGCCGAUGGGAUGACCGCCGCGCCAAGACAUCCGCCUCAUACACAUACAAAGACCACCAUUCUGCUUCGCGUCUGUAUUUCUCACAGUAUUUGCUUGCUUGUCGUCAUACCGAAUCUGGAUUAGAUUUCGUCGAAAUAGUCAUGUCGCAAGACUACAACUCAGCCGAUCUAACCUCUAUCCUCAAAACUCUGUCCGCAUUCUCCAGUCAAACAGCGAACAAUAAUGCCCAUCAUUCACUCAUCAAUCCAGAUGAAGAGGAUAAUGACUACGAACCACCGGACGCUGUGACUCCACCUCUACCUAAGCACUCCCAUCCACCCUCAUCCUCAUCCUCAGCACAUCAUUCCCUCCUAAGUUCCACCGCAGCACCAGCACCAGCACCUAUACCUACAUCUUCAUCAAGACCCCAACAACAGCAGCAAGCACAGCCAAAGGAUUCCCCAGCAGCGACAAUAACAACAUGGCCCGCGGCCCUAAAGCAAGUCAUGCGCACCGUCGCGGCAAACGAGCACAUCCAGCAGCGGAUCCGGUUCCUUAUUCAGCGGCAGCACGACCAUGAGCGGCAGUGGUGGAAGGGUCGCGAGGCGUUGCUUCAGAAGCAAAAGUCUCGUGUCGAGAAGAAAAGGGAGUUGGAUGAGGUUUUACGCUCUGUUGGUGCGCCGGUUGAUGAGAGGAAUAUUUCGACGGCUGAAGAGGACGCGGCCGAGAUAAAAAACUACGACGGCAAGGUGUACAAGGCGUCGAAGGAUAUGGCGAAUGCUAUGACCCUUGAACUGAAAACGCUGCAUGUACCGUUUUUCUGCAUAAAGCAGAGUCUUGUUGUGGGUGGGAUUGCAGACCUGAAAGGCGAUCAAGGCCAGGGGCAUGCAAGUAUCACGGGGGAUAGCCAGGGUCGUAUCUCCGUGGAUGAACUGUCGGCACUUCAACAGAGGAUGAUGGAGUUAUUGCAAGAUUUAUGCAAGGAGUGA